AUCACGUCAUAAGGCUGCGCCGCGCGCCUGCGUCUGUGAUUCGUCAGAAGAAAGAAAAACUCCUGGUGAAGCAGCUGAGCUCCAUGUGACACUAUUUUAAAGAUGGCGGUUAUUAAAGAGGAAAUUGAAGAAAUUAAGAUUGAAGAAGUUUUCAGCGUGAAACAAGAAGAUACCGAGGAACAAACAGACCUGAUGCCGCUAAAAGAGGAGAGUGGAGUAUUGAAUGAAAUUGAAGAGAAAGGACAAUAUGAAAAACAUCAUGGUUUCAUAAGUGGAGAAAAAUCCUUUAGUUGCUCACAGACUGUAAAGAAUUCCUCACAAAAUAGAGCUAAGAAGAUGGAAACUAAAAGUUAUUUCUCCUGCUUUCAAUGUGGGAAGAGUUUCAGUCAACAUGGUGACCUUAAGGUCCACAUGGGAAUUCACAAUGGAGUGAGCCCUUUCACCUGCCAACAGUGUGGACAAAGUUUCACUGAAAGAGGAAGUCUUAAAAGGCACAUGAGAAUUCACACUGGAGAGAAGCCUUACACUUGCCAUCUGUGUGGAAGAAGUUUCACUCAAAAGGGAUCCCUUAACAGGCACAUGAAAAUUCACUCUGAAGAGAAGCCUUACACCUGCAAACUGUGUGGAAACAGCUUUAAAACAGAACUAAACCUUAGUUGUCACAUGAAAAUUCAUACUGGAGAGAGGCCAUUCACAUGUGAUCAGUGUGGAAAGAGUUUCAGAUGUAAAACAACCCUUAAUGGCCACAUGAGAAUUCACACAAGAGAGGACUGUUUUAUAUGUCAGCAGUGUGGAAAGAGUUUCCCAGAUAAGCAAUGCCUUAACAGGCACGUAAAAAGAAUUCACACUGAAGAGAAGCCUUUCAAAUGUGACCAGUGUGAAAGAAGUUUCCAGUUCAACAAAUGCCUUAAGACUCACAUGAGAAUUCACACUGGAGAGAAGCCUUUCAAAUGCUCUCAGUGCGGAGAGAGUUUCACAUAUAAAGUGACCCUUGAUUCCCACAUGAGAAUUCACACUGGAGAGAGCCCUCACACAUGCAAACUGUGUAAAAAGACCUUUUCACACAAUGGAAACCUAAAGACUCACAUGAGAAUCCAUGCUGGAGAGAAGCCAUUCAUAUGUGUUCAGUGUGGAAAAUGUUUCACACGUAAAAUAUCCCUCGAUUACCACAUGAAGAUUCACUCAAGAGUGAACUGUUUUGUGUGUAAUCAGUGUGGAAGGAGUUUCCCAAACAGUAAAAACCUUAGGAUGCAUGUAUUCACCCAUGUUGGCAAAAACCCUCUCAUGUGCCAUCACUGUGGAAAGAAUUUCACACAUAAAGGAAAUCUUAAGGCUCACAUGAGAGUUCACACUGGAGAAAAGCCUUUUACAUGUCCUCACUGUGGAAACAGUUUUAGACAUAAUGUAAGCCUCCAAACUCACAUGAGAAUUCACACUGGAGAGAAGCCUUUCAUGUGCCAUCACUGUGGAAAGAGUUUCCGACAUAACAUAAGCCUCAAAACUCACAUGAGAUUUCACAUCGAAGAGAGGCUUUACAGAUGUCUUCAGUGUAAAAUAAAUUUCACACAUCAGAGAUUCUUGAAACGCCAUUUGCAAACUCAUGCGAAUGUAAGACCAUAUUUGUGUUCCAUGUGUGGAAAGAGUUUUAAAUGGCUUGGCCAUUUAAAAUGGCACCAGAAAACACGCACCUGUGUAAAGCCUGGAACACACCAAGCCGACAGUUGGCCGUCGGACAAUUUUUGUGCGUCAGCCGACUAAGUUUCCUCGAUGUGUUCUGCACCGUCGGCUGAAGUUGGUCCCCGUCUGCUUUUUUUCACCAUUGGCGAGAGAGAGAACUCCGAUUGGCUGUUCAGUAUAGCAAAGCCAGUCAGUUCACGAGAAUACAAGCAAAAGUUACGAAAGCAAGCAAAUAAAUCAUGACGGCACAGAUAGAAGAUUGUUCUAAUUUUACGUCAUCUUACCUGAGCACUUGAAUGCACAAAUAUUUUCAUAAUAACAUGAGUGGAGUGGAAUAAAGAACGUGAUCAGCAUGAUUGAUAUUCAGAACAGUAAGCAAGUGCUAAUUUGUUUAUGGUUUGUAUACAUACAGUCUUAGUUUCACUUUCCCUUUUUGAAUGAUGAACAUAGACAAAUAUAUGAAGAGUUUGGUUCCAAAACGCUAUAAAUCCAUUUUGAUUAA